CAACAGUUCAGCUGCUUCUGAAUGAUAAAGUAGUGGCGAUAAAGGCGAGCAGCAAAGAUGGAGUCCAGCGAGGAGGGCGGCCUCAGCGUUGGGGGCUCUGUGGGAGAAGAGAACUACUUCCUGGGGUACACGUUCACCGACCGCUCCCACUCGAGCCGAGUGGUGAAGAGCAUCAUGGAUCUGUGUCUGGAGGACGGCCUGUUCGCUGACGUCACCAUCACUGUGGACGGCAAAGAGUUUCACCUGCAUCGGCUGGUGCUCUCUGCACAGAGCAGCUUCUUCCGCUCAAUGUUCACGUCCAACCUCAAAGAGUCCCACAACCGCGCCAUUGAACUGAAGGACGUCAGCGCCACUGUCUUUCAGCUGCUGGUUGACUACAUCUACCACGGUACGAUUAAGCUGAGGGUGGAGGAGCUGCAGGACACCUAUGAGAUGGCCGACAUGUACCAGCUGACUGCUCUGUUUGAAGAAUGCUCCCGCUUCCUCUCGCGAACUGUAGAGGUCAAGAACUGCUUGCAGGUGAUGUGGCUUGCAGACAGACACAGUGAUCAGGAGCUGUAUACUGCAGCCAAGCACUGUGCUAAAAUCCACCUGGCUCAGCUGCACCAGACUGAAGAGUUUCUGAAUCUGCCUCUCUGUCUGCUCUUGGACAUCAUCAAAGAUGGCGUUCCAAGCUCCCAGAAUCCAACCGUGGCCAUCGAGUCCUGGAUAAACCACAACAAGGUUGAGAGGGAGGAGUUCUCCUGUAUCCUUCAAGAGAAUCUAAAGGAAAUUGGUGAGAAUGUCCACAUUUACCUGAUUGGCAAAGAGGAGACGAGGACUCACUCCCUGGCGGUGUCACUGCACUGUGACGAGGAUGACGCCAUCAGCGUGAGCGGCCAGAACAGUUUAUGCCAUCAGAUCACUGCAGCCUGUAAACACGGAGGAGACCUGUAUGUUGUGGGGGGUUCAAUCCCCCGGCGCAUGUGGAAGUGCAACAUGCACACCAUGGACUGGGAGCGCUGCGCCCCGCUGCCCAGAGACCGCCUCCACCACACCAUGGUCUCCGUCUCCACCGAGGACGCUAUCUACUCGCUAGGAGGUAAGACGUUGCAGGACACGCUCUCUAAUGCCGUCAUCUACUACACAGUGAAGGACAACAUGUGGACAGAGACCAGCCAGCUGGACACUGCAGUGUCGGGGGCUGCUGGCGUUAACCUGGGAGGCACCAUCUACCUGCUUGGCGGGGAGGAGAACGACAUGGACUUUUUCACUAAACCAUCCCGUCUCAUUCAGUGCUUCGACACCUCCUCCCAAAAGUGCCAGAUCAAACCGUACAUGCUGCCGUUUGCCGGCUGCAUGCACGCAGCGGUCCACAUGGACGUGAUCUUUAUUGUAGCAGAAGGAGACUCUCUGGUGUGCUACAACCCUCUGCUGGAAAGCUUCACCCGCCUGCGCUUCCCUGAGGUGUGGAGCUGCGUUCCUUCACUGUGGAAGGUUGCGAGCUGUAACGGUUGUAUAUACGUCUUCAGGGACAAAUGUAAGAAAGGUGAUGCGAACACGUUAAAGUUUAACCCGGCCACAUCUGUCGUCUCCGUUAUCAGAGGUAUUAAAAUCCUCCUGACAAACUGGCAGUUUGUUCUGGCCUAACCCGUCCUCUGGAUGUUCACACUGUGGUCCAGACACUCGCCAUAGACAAUCAGGGAAGACUGUUGGACAACUUACCAUGACUUCACUCUUCAGACAUCCUGUGAGGAGACCUGCCCUAAAUGUAUUUACUCAGCUGUGUCACUCAUUCCAUUCAGACUUCACCACCAGCCUCGUAACCGUUCCGUGGCGUGUGUCACUUGUAUUACAGUGUGUCUCAUUGUGGAUCCUUUAGCUGACAAGUCAAACAAUUUGUGGUGAUGCUGUAUCCAGUGACCUAAUCUGUUGUUUCCUGUGCACUGCUUGUUUAUUGACAUGCAUGAACAGCUUCAGUGUAAAAAAAAAAUCUACUGAACACAAAACAUCCUUCAGUAUAUUGUAAGUGAUUAAGUGUGUCAUGAUGUUGUAGGUUGAAUGUCUUCAGAUGCCAGAUUUUAAGUCAUCGUGCAUAAACAUAACAGAGGAUGUUUUCUAACUUUUCAAUUUUUUCACAAUUUCUUGUCUUAAGAUUGUAUUUUUUGAUGUACACUGUACAUGUUCAUGUAAAGCUGUUAACUGAAAUGUCAAAUAUAUCACUGUAGCUACAA